AAGCAAGUGUCUCGUUCAGCCGCUGCAUUAAAAGUCACCAGUCGAGAAGAUGGGAUCUUUGGUACGCGUCUUACCUGCCCUCGUGGCCGCGAUAUCUUGCUUCACGGCGCUGGCCAUCGACAUCCCCGACCUGCGGUACCUGAAAGCCUACAUCAACGAUGACCCCGACGGCCCCUACCACGAGUUCCUGGACUACUCCCCCGACCUCAGCGUCCAGGGCAUGGAUAACUCCAUUAGACGCGUUUGUUUAACUGGACAAUGGUUGCUUCACGGCGAGCACUACUACAGCGGAUAUGAAGCUUUUUAUCGUUCUGUCAACGGCUGCUACAACCUGUCUUCCAGUGCUUCUAUAUCUUCUCUGCGGUACGCGGGCAGCCCCUACGGCCUGGACGACGUCUACUACAACCUCUACGAGGGGAUAAACUGGGGGGGCAAUGAAUUCAAAGGCAACACAAACGCCCCGACCGUCGCCAACUUGGACAUGAAUGUGUCCUCCUUGUCCAUCAGUGGACAAUCGCCGUGGACUUUCUUCACGGGCCUGCAGUACGCCGGGGAGGCCGUGUGCGUGUACCCUUACCUUCUCACCAACAAUGGCGUUGAUUUGCAUUACAGAGAAAUUGCAUACGUAAGAAAGCAGAAGGAACCGAGCAUUUUUUACUCUCCCAAGAUAACAUCGCUGGGCAUCCCGGACAACUCGAUCAGGUCGGUGGCCAAGGGCUGCCUCACCGACAACGUCUACAGGGGCGACCGCCCCCACCAGGGGGAGCGCGGAGACCCGGACGGACAUUAG